AUGGCGGCCGCUGACGACGUGGUGGAAUUAAAUCUAGACCAAGAAAAUAUAUGCAAGGUUAACCUCCAUGGUGCAACGUUAACAUCUUGGCUUUGCGAUGGCACGGAAAUGCUAUUUGUAAGCCAGCAAGCAGUUUUUAAUAAUGUUAAAGCUAUUCGUGGUGGUAUACCCAUCGUUUAUCCUCAUUUUGGCCCUUGGGAGCUUGGACCACAACAUGGAUUUGCUCGGAUAAGUCGCUGGACUUUGGAAAAACCACCAGCAAAGGAUGGGGAUACUGUUUCUGCAACGUUUUUACUACAGGAUAAUGAGAACACAAGACAAAUGUGGCAAGAUAAUCGCUUUAACUUGUUUUACACUGUCAUCAUCGGUAAGCGUCAACUGAAGCUCAAAUUAGACGUUAGAAAUGAAGGCAAUGACUCCUUUGAAUUUACCACACUUCUACAUACAUACUUUAAGACAUUGGAUGUAAACAAAGUUACAAUUUCUGGCUUAAAGUCAUUAAAAUAUAUUGACAAGGUAAGGCAAUCCAAGAAAUUUGUAGAGGAAAAUGACUUGGUUACAGUUAAAGAAUUUGUUGAUCGAUUGUAUAUAGGUUCAGUAGAUAGAAAUGAAGUUACUAAUUUGAAUGGCAAUCAGAACGUUGUUAUGACGCGCGUAAAUCUGCCCGAUGUUGUUGUGUGGAAUCCUUGGCAAGAAAAAGCUAAAGUAAUGUCAGACUUUGGUGAUGAAGAGUAUAAAGAAAUGAUUUGUGUCGAAGCUGGAUAUGUAGCUAAGCCUCGUUCUUUGUCUGCCGGUGCAAGAUUUGAAGCUUCAGUUGUUCUUGAUGUUAUCUAA